AUGACACGUGGCAUGUUCCUAGUGAAAUUGGAGGAUACCAAAGGGCUCAAAGUGAACGGGUUACCACCUAGGGACGGACCCCAGCAGAGUGUCACUGUUUCAACACCCACCCUCCGUCUCCCUCAUUGUUUCAUAUCCCAGGGAACGCUGGUGUACUAUUUUCCAGAGGAUACCAAAGGGCUCAAAGGAACGCUGGUGUACUAUUUUCCAGAGGAUACCAAAGGGCUCAAAGGAACGCUGGUGUACUAUUUCCCAGAGGAUACCAAAGGGCUCAAAGUAGCGGGUUACCACUUUGAGAACGUACUGGUCUUGUGCCCCCCCCCUCUCCCGCCCCUUGCUUCCUCCUCCCAUGUUUCCUUAUCCCAGGGAACGCUGGUGUACUAUUUCCCAGAGGAUACCAAAGGGCUCAAAGGAACGCUGGUGUACUAUUUCCCAGAGGAUACCAAAGGGCUCAAAGGAACGCUGGUGUACUAUUUCCCAGAGGAUACCAAAGGGCUCAAAGUGAGCGGGUUACCACCUAGGGACCCUAGCAGAGUGUCACUGUACGAGACUGUGAUUAUACAGUGCAUGCUGUCUGCUCCCACUCCUGCUGACUCUGCUGGUGUUCUCUUUGCCACUAUACACGGCGACGAGGUGCUUAUAAGGAGGGAGAAUCUUCCGGAAAAGGUCUCCGCUUCGAAUCGUACCUCUGGUUCGGAUGGCCUUCUGGCUCUUGACCCUCCUACGCCUCUCCCCCGCUGGCUCACUGUCUGCACUCAACUUAUUACCCAACCGGUGCGGCCAGAGCGCGUGUUGGAGCAGAUUCAGCUCUUCACUUACUAUGGUGCUGACAGCUUUCUUGUGUACGAUGGGGGAGGCGUGGACGAGUUGCUAAGGCAGGCUUUAAGGCCGUACGUCACUGCAGGGAUGGUCGAGAUUGUACCCCUUAUGGGCUUGUCACACCUCUCGGCACAGCUGGAUGUGCUUGUAACGAACGACUGCCUCUACCGCACACGCUUCACCUCCAGAUGGGCCACCUUUGUCACUUUAGAGGAGCUUCCCUUUGUCUUCAACGGCCGGCUGUCGCUGCGCAUGGCUCUAGAAGACAACGAGGAUGCCCCGUGGCUGUCAGUGGGAUCAUAUGAGUGGAGCAUCAAGCUCUGUGCCCCUCCUGCUAAUUCUUCUGAUGCUUCUGCUACCACCGUCGCAGGGGAGGAGUGGCUGGCACAGCAGAUGGUGUAUCGCAUGCCCACCCCCACCUGCUCCCACGCCACCACCAACGCCUCAGCUGCAGACCACUGCCUGGGCGCUGCUGGUUACCGCCGGUUGCUCUUCAACCCCAGGCGUGUAGACGUGCUACAGCCGCACGCUGCUGUGAAGCCGGCGGAUGAAGGCGUGGAUAUCUCUGCAAGGAAGGUCAAUUUCAAUCGAUACAAGGGAAUAACCACGCCAGCUGCGCUGGUGUGCGAUCGCAUCCGCAUCUCGAAAUCGCUCCGUAUCUCGCAUUUCUCCACCUCCUGGAAGCUCGGGGAAAGCAUAUCAAUGAAACAUAUCGGUUGGAGCGCCGGGGGAGGCAUGGGGCCCCAGCCGGAUGCUCCGAUGGUCGACACGUCGGAGCAGGUUUACAUCUCUUCUCUCGCGCUUCUGAAGAUGCUUAAACACGGUCGAGCGGGAGUGCCAAUGGAAGUGAUGGGUCUCAUGCUGGGCGAGUUCGUUGACGAUUACACUGUCCGGGUGGUUGAUGUGUUCGCCAUGCCUCAGAGCGGCACGGGCGUGAGUGUGGAGGCGGUGGAUCCAGUUUUCCAGACCAAGAUGCUCGACAUGCUCAAGCAGACGGGCAGACCCGAGAUGGUGGUGGGCUGGUACCACUCGCAUCCAGGCUUUGGCUGCUGGCUGUCAGGGGUCGACAUCAACACCCAGCAGAGCUUUGAAGCACUGAACCAGCGGGCAGUGGCGGUGGUGGUGGACCCAAUUCAGUCCGUGAAAGGCAAGGUGGUCAUCGACGCAUUCCGCCUCAUCAACCCACAGACCAUGAUGCUGGGGCAGGAACCGCGCCAAACCACCUCCAACCUGGGGCACCUUCACAAGCCGUCCAUCCAGGCUUUGAUCCAUGGUCUGAACCGGCACUACUACUCCAUCGGCAUCAACUACCGCAAGAACGAGCUGGAGGAGAAGAUGCUGCUCAACCUGCACAAGAAGAAGUGGGCGCACGGGCUGACGCUGCAGCCCUUCGAGAGCCACAACAAGAAGAACGAGCAGAUCGUGCAGGACAUGUUGGAGUUGGCUCAGAAAUACAACAAGGCAGUGCAAGAGGAGGAUACUCUAUCGAGCGAGAAGUUUGCGAUUGCGAGUGUGGGGAGGCAAGACGCGAAGAAGCACCUAGAGGAGCAUGUGUCAACACUCAUGUCGUCCAACAUCGUGCAGACGCUAGGCACGAUGCUGGACACUGUCGUGUUUUAG